UGUGGUCUGUUACAGCUUAACAGUAUUCUUGUUUUCUACUGCUAUAUAAUCCCAAGGAUGUCAUACUUGACACAGACCAUAAGCUCUAUUCUAUCCAUAAACUUUCUACGCUCUGAAAACCCUAAAAGGAGAGAGAAAAAGAAAGAAAAACUCAAUCAAGAAUGAAACUUGAAGCAAGGAAAGUCAGGAGUUCAUUAAGGCAAAACUUUUUGGUUUUUGCUCUGUUUAUGGCAAUUUUAGCUCCCAGAAAUGAUGCUAAAUGUGAUUUUAAGGCUAUAUUCAACUUUGGAGACUCAAAUUCUGAUACAGGAGGAUUCUGGGCUGCUUUUCCAGCAGAAAGGCCCCCCAAUGGCAUGACUUACUUCAAGAAACCAGCAGGACGAGCAACCGAUGGCCGGCUCAUUAUCGACUUUUUAGCCCAAGCUCUGGGGCUACCGUUUUUGAGCCCGUAUUUGCAGUCAAUUGGCUCAGAUUACAGACAUGGUGCCAACUUUGCAACAUUGGCAUCCACCGUUCGUCUGCCACACACUUCCUUAUUUGUCACAGGGGUUAGCCCCUUUUCUCUUGCCAUUCAGCUAAAUCAAAUGAAGCAAUUUAAAGCAAAAGUUGAUGAACUUCACUCUUCAGGAAAAGCCAAUCUUCCUCCGCCCAACAUUUUCGGGAAAUCCCUCUACACUUUCUACAUUGGCCAAAAUGACUUUACAGGGAGCUUAGCAUCUCUUGGCAUAAAUGGGGUGAAGCAGUUUCUGCCAGAAGUGGUUUCACAGAUUGCUAGCACCAUAAAGGAAAUUUAUGCAUUAGGGGGUCGGACGUUUUUGGUCCUGAAUCUUGCACCAAUCGGCUGCUACCCUGCAUUCUUGGUGGAGCUGCCUCACAGUGUGUCAGAUAUCGACUCGUUUGGAUGCAUGAUCUCUUACAACAGAGCAGUGGCAGACUACAACUCUAUGCUGAAGGAAGCAUUGAGAGAGACAAGAAAAGAUAUUCCUGAUGCAAAUGUUAUAUAUGCAGACAUCCAUUCUGUGAUGCUAGAGCUGUUCCAGCACCCCUCUUCUCAUGGGAUGAAAUACGGAACGAAAGCAUGCUGUGGAUACGGGGGUGGUGCGUACAACUUCAACCCACAAGUUUUCUGUGGAAACACAAAGCUGAUCAACGGACAUAAUUUAACGGCCACAGCAUGCAGCGACCCCCACAACUAUGUGAGCUGGGAUGGAAUUCAUGCCACAGAAGCAGCAAACAAGCUUGUUGCUGAUGCUAUGAUAAAUGGCUCUUACUUCGAUCCUCCUUUUUCACUUCAUAAAUUUUGUGAUAUUCAGCCAAUUGGAUGAACUUUUCAACUGUUUUUUUCCUCUCAAAUGUAGGAAACAGAAGACUCAGUACUUACCCGAACAGGAUCAGCUAAUAAAUUAUCUUGUCCUCUUAAUUUCAUCAUGUCCUCACUGCAGAACAGAUCAUUCCCCCUGACUAUCUGACUUUAUAUUUUGCA